GACAAAAUGAGGCAUGCAUUUUAUUCUCAUCUGACACCACAGAAGGACCCCUAGGAUCUCUCCUCUGGGAGAGACCUGGAUCCCAGCUGAGCUGGAGGUGUCUGGAAAAGCACUGCUCAUACCGGGCUUUAAACCGAGAGAGGACAAGGCACAAGCUAAAGAGGAGGACGGCAGACUGCAGACAAUCCCUAGGCUGCUGCAGCACAGCAAACAAUGCUGUAAAAACGCAAGCAAGGAGCAGAGAAAAGGCCAAUAGAAGAAAUUAAAAUGCCAGAGCAAAGUAACGACUAUCGGGUAGUAGUUUUUGGAGCAGGGGGUGUUGGGAAAAGCUCUCUUGUCUUACGUUUUGUAAAAGGGACAUUUCGGGAUACUUACAUACCUACCAUUGAGGAUACAUAUCGACAGGUUAUCAGUUGUGACAAAAGUGUGUGCACCCUGCAAAUAACGGACACCACAGGAAGCCAUCAGUUUCCAGCAAUGCAGCGUCUUUCCAUUUCCAAGGGCCAUGCAUUUAUUCUGGUGUUUUCUGUCACUAGCAAGCAGUCCAUUGAGGAGCUGAAGCCAAUUUAUCAGCAGAUCUUACAAAUCAAGGGGAACAUAGAGAGCAUCCCUGUCAUGUUGGUUGGAAAUAAAUGUGAUGAGACUCAGCGGGAGGUAGACACAAAGGAAGUUGAGGCCCUGGCCAAAGAAUGGAAAUGUGCUUUUAUGGAAACUUCAGCUAAGAUGAACUACAAUGUGAAAGAACUUUUCCAAGAGCUGCUAAAUCUGGAGAAAAGAAGAAAUAUGAGUCUAAAUAUUGAUGGCAAAAGAUCCAGCAAGCAAAAGCGAGCAGACAAAAUUAAAGGCAAAUGCAGCCUGAUGUAGGGAGACACACUGCUGAUGUACCCAUUUCAUGCUCCUUCAUGGUCACGCUGGAAUUUUCUUUAAAAAAGGUGAAUAAUUGACAUUUCUUGCUGCCUUCUAACACUGUGACCGCACAGGCAUAUACUGACCGCCUUGCACACCCAUUGUGCAGCACUGUAGGUUUUGCAUUAUGUCUUUAUAUUUUUAUUUUUAUUUUGAGAUUAUGCAAAAUCUGACAGAUGGGCACGUUUUUUUUCCGUUUUUUUUUUUUUUAAGACAUCGCUACUGUGAAAAUAGUUUAUAUUUUACAUCAACUUCUAGCUUGUCUAUAAAUAAUGGCUGAAUCAAUAAACCAAACACAAGCAUCCCAUUUAAUUUCUAUAAAGAGUGGUGCUCCAUAAUAAUAAUAAUAAUAAAUAAAAAAUAAAAAAAAAGAAUCCAAACAAAAUGUCAUUGUUUGGGAGUUGAGACUGUGAUAGAAGGAAAGAUGGACAUAAGAGCACAAAUAUCAAAGGAUGUUCAAACAGCAUCUAUGGAGUCGGCUCUACUAUUCUUGUAUAAGAAGAACUUAAUAAGUGAUAAUAUUGGCACAUGGGUGCAUACAAACUGGAAACCUUAAAUGGGAUAAGACAUCCUUAGAUAAAUGUCUACAUGGUUCUUCAAAAGUAGUAACAUGUUUGACUGAAAGAAGUCUUUAUAGCUUGAAUGUCAGAGAUGAGGAUGUGAUUAAAUAUUAUGGUAUUCAUGAAGUGCUAAUACUAAAAAAAAGGUAGCUUAUGUACAUGGCCUCACUUAUAUAAUGUGUAGAAAUAAAUUUAUAUAUACUAUUUCUAAAUAUAUUCACAUCACUGCAACAUUCCUUCUUAAGAGUUAAGUUCAGCUAAAAUAACAUAUUUACACAUAUUUGCCUUUUGUAAGUAUGCCAAAUUUAGUCCUACAGUUUAAUGGCUUUUGAUUAUAAAACCAGAAGCAAGAUUUAUGGCACUUAUUACUGGUUAAAUUGCCAAAAAAAACAUUUAUCAUUCAGCCUUGAGAUUCUGCAAAAAGCUUUUUACUUAACAAAAUACGAAAAGAAAAUGGCAUCAAAUGGUCGCUAUUAUUAUUAUGUAUGGAAAUUUCACGGAAAAGUAUUUUUUUAUUCACAGAAAACACACUACAUUUUCAUGAAAUUAAUGUAAUCUAUAAAACAAGGGAAAGCUGUCUAUAAAUAUUAACAAAAUCCUGCUAUUUCAAUGAAACUUGUAUAUAGUCAGGAAUAGGUCAAAGUCUUAAUGUUCUUUGUAAGCUGGGAUAUAUUCUUCUAAAUUACCACACAUGGCAAUGUUACUUCAAUAUUCUGGGAGAAAUGAUAUCUCCAGGCUUCAGUACUAUCUUUAUUUCAUUUAAUUUUGGGAUGUAAAUUAGGAUGUAAAUUGAUGUUAUGUCUGCCAUGGAAGGAUAAUGGCUACUACACAAAUAACAAAUUCAGAAACGCGUCAACAAUUUUAUCCAUGGAAAAAUAUGUGUUGGUGAACAUAUCAAAACUUUCUGAAUAAGGCAGGAUUUUUAUGAGUGGCAUCUUCCAUCAUAAUAUUCCUGUAUUGUGAUCUAUACAUCUGUUGAAUGUAACACAUACAUUUUACUUACCAUGAUAUAGAUAUAUAUGACCAGGGCAUGUUGUAUGUAACACUAUGAAGACAUCUGAACAAUUAUUAAUGUUAUUUUUUUUUUACAUUAAUUCAAAUUAUUUAAUCAGAAGAAACAAAAAUAUGACACAAAGCAUAAAAAAGUCUAUCCCAGUAUCAUUCAUUUUUAUUAACUGCAUGUGAGUUAAAAAUAAAUCAAAGGAAGUUGCUCGAGCUCAGGCCUAUGUAGGUGUGUUCACAAGCACAAUGUAAAUAGUUGAUUAUGAAAUAAAGGAUAUAGCACAAAUGAUUGAUUUACACAAUGUGAAAACUUUAUUGGAGAUAAUUUACAAUAUAUGUUCAUGGUUUGUCUGCAAUAGCACAAAUUACUUUCCCUGCUGUAUAAAUUACCUAUAUUACAUGAUAUCAAAUAGAAGUUAUGAAUAUAUGGUUUAAAAAUGUAUGAUUCUUAAAGCUUGUUUCUUCAUAAACCAUAUACUGUUUUAAGAGAUAAAAACUGUGUUGGUACCAAA